GCCGCGGCGAUUCACGUAGUACGCGCACCAGUACGUCCCGAAAACAUGGCGCCCGAAUGAAGGACGCUGAACGCGAGUGUCUGCCAAAUCCGUCGCGUUUCGCACACAUCCGCACAGUCGGCCCGACGUAACGGUCCGCCCGUACGCAGAAUGAGCAAUCUGUCCCCGUUCGGCGGCGGCAAGAACCCACCGUGGGUCCGCAAUGCAGGACAAGGAAUACAAAAUAUCCAGCAGCAAAUGCUGGGUCAAGCCAUGGGCAGCAUUGGAGGACAGCCUAUGGUGCAAUACCAACAACAGACCCAACAAGUGUACCAACAAAGUUUGGGAUUGCAGCAGCCCAACAUUACCAUGGCAUCCAUGGCGACUCUUGGCUCCAAUUUACCAUCGGGUAUAGCAGGACAACUAUAUCCACAGGUCGCUACAGUUUCUUACCCAACACCACGAGCAUUGAACACAAAUGCUUUUCAACCCUCUGUAGCUGGUGUUCCACAACAGGUGCAGCAAAAUGUACCUUCAUCGUCGACAAAGCAAAGAGUUUUCACGGGUACUGUUACCAAAGUACAUGAUAAUUUUGGCUUUGUAGAUGAAGAUGUAUUUUUUCAAACUAGUGCAUGUGUAAAGGGGUCUAAUCCCGUAGUAGGAGAUCGUGUGCUUGUAGAGGCGUCGUACAAUCCUUCAAUGCCAUUCAAAUGGAACGCCACUAGAAUACAAGUGCUCCCCAUGGGUAACAAUAGUAACAAUGCAAACACUCAGCAAACUAAUCAACCGAACCGUCAACAACAACAGCAGCAGCAGCAACCAAAUAGGACAUCAGGCACCUAUAAUGCUGUACCUCCUCCAACAGAAAAUCCUAAUAACAGUAGGUUCACAACAAGUACGACAAAUUCCAACACUACCAGCAAUCGUAAUAAGGUUGGUAGAGUAAGAGAAAGAUCUCCUCGUGAACGGAGAAACGAUGACGAGGAAAUAGAAAGGAAGAGACGUCGUGAGGAGAGAAUAAGGGAACGCGAGAAGAAAGAGGAUCGUAGCCCUUCAAGAACUAGGAGGAGUAAAUCACCGAGACCUCGCCGGCGCACAAGAGUCGUACCGCGUUACAUGGUGCAAAUACCGAAAAUUGCAUUGGAUCUGCCUGAAGCAGAUGUUCUUGAGAUAAGAAGACGCUAUCAAAAUAUGUACAUUCCUAGCGACUUCUUUUCUACUAACUUCAGAUGGGUCGAUGCUUUUCCACCGCAUAUGCCAUUUACUCUUAAUAAACCGUGCUCCUUCCAUGUUAUGCAUAAAGAUGUUGAUCCAUGUAACGAAAAUACAGUGAUACUAGAACCUUCGGAUGCUGAUUAUCUAUUCUCUGCAAAGGUUAUGCUCAUAUCUAUGCCUGCCAUGGAAGAGAUAUACAAAAGGUGUUGCGGAGUUUCCGAGGACAGAGAUCCCGAUCGCGAUUAUGUUCACCCUACACGUCUUAUAAAUUUCUUAGUAGGCUUACGGGGCAAAAACGAGACAAUGGCUAUAGGUGGACCAUGGAGUCCUUCGUUAGAUGGACCUAAUCCUGAAAAAGAUCCGUCUGUAUUAAUCAAGACGGCUGUGAGGACCUGUAAAGCACUUACCGGAAUAGAUUUGUCCAGCUGCACUCAGUGGUACCGCUUCCUGGAACUCUACUACAGACGCGCAGAAACGACCCACAAGUCCGGGCGAGUGGUACCCUCUCGCGUUGAAACCGUCAUACUAUUUCUCCCAGAUGUUUGGAGCUGUGUACCUACCAGAUUGGAAUGGGACGGGCUGCAACUCAACUAUAAGAGACAACUGGAGCGAAAGUUACUGCGUGCUGCCUCUAAUCCCGACGAUAUGGAUGCUGCCAAUGAGACUGAUGAGGCUGCCGCCGCUGAUCAAAAGGAUGACACAAUGCCCGAGAAAAAGGAUCCUACACAUUAUUCCGAGCUAGAUCCAAAAUCGAUGAACGUGAAUGAAUUACGUCAAGAACUGGCAGCUCGUAAUUUGAGCUCGAAAGGUUUGAAGUCGCAAUUACUAGCUAGACUUUUAAAAGCUGUAAAGUCCGAGCAAGCCAAAGAGGAAGGUCGGCAAGAUGAGGCGGAUGAAAAUGAAGAAGACGUCUCGCCACCGACAAAGGAAGAAGAUGAUAAAAAAUUCAGAGAUAGUAAAGAUCAUGAUGAAGACAAGAGAAAACUUUAUGAACGUGAACGUACUGUACUUGAAAAGAGGUAUACCUUGCCCGAUUCAUCGCACAUUAUUGUUCAUCCUUCUAGAUUGGCCAAGAGUGGGAAAUUUGACUGUACAGUUAUGUCGUUGAGCGUAUUAUUAGACUACAGACCAGAAGAUACCAAGGAACAUUCCUUUGAAGUAUCUCUCUUUGCUGAACUAUUUAAUGAAAUGUUGAUGCGGGAUUUCGGCUUUCGCAUUUAUCGUGCAUUAUCCAACCUUCCUGAAAAAACUAAGGAAAAGGAUGAGGAUAAGAAAAAGGAUAAGAAGGAUGAUAAAAGAGAGGACAAAAAAGAUGAUAAAAGAAAGGAAGAUGAGAAGAAAUCCAGGAAGGAUGAAAAACGGGACGAUAAGAAAAGAGAAGAAGCUAAGGAUAAGAAGGAUGACAAAGAUGCAAAAUGUAAAAUGGAUGACAAGGAUAGAGAAAAAGAGAAGAAUGAUGAUGAUGAUGAUGAUGAAGAUGAUGAAUCAGAUGAUGACGAUUCUGUGAAAGACGGUAGAAGGGACAGAGAUAAAGACGGAAAGAAACGGAAAACUAAAUUAUACACACAUGAUCCUUAUCUCUUACUUUCUUUUGUGUAUUUUGAUCAGACGCAUUGUGGAUAUAUAUUUGAUAAAGAUAUUGAAGAACUUAUUUAUACUCUGGGGUUGAAUUUGUCAAGAGCUCAAGUACGGAAAUUAGUACAAAAAGUUGUUACACGAGAUUCUCUACAUUAUCGUAAAUUAACAGAUAAAUCGAAGGAGGAUGACUUAAAAGAUGAAAAAAAAGAUGACAAAGAAAAUGAUAAAGGUGAAUCGACCAAGACGGAAAGCGAGGAGGAUAUAUUGCGUUCGCUUGCCCUCGGAAAUAAAAAAUUGUUACCUGUAUUUGUGGGAAGCGGGCCACCUUCAAAAAGAGCAAGAAGAGAGGAUUGUAUCGUAGAAAAAGCUGACGAAGAAACAAUUCCGGAAGGUAUCGUUACAUACAAAGGCUCUUUACUAGAUGUAGAAAAACUUGUCAGUCAGUUGAAAAGAUCUGAGAAAGCACGCUUAGAUACCGAGGAUCGUAUGAUGGAACUACAGCACGAGUUAAUCGUAGUCAAUGAAAAAUCUACGAAACAGACAAAUAGUAUUAAAGGUCUUUCAGAAGAUUUGAAGAUAUACAAAGAUAAGUUACGAAGCACAGAAGAAAAACUCAAGAAAGUCUCUACGGACUGUCAUACUUAUUUGACUGCGGUAAAAAAUAUAUACCACAUAGCGGCCAAAAUGAUGCAGAGUGAUACGAGAAAAGUAGAAGUAGUAGAAAUUCAAGAUGAGAAGAUUGGUGGAGAGAUAAACGGUUCUGAGAUAGAGAGCAAGUUUAAAACGGAUACCAGGUGGAGUGAUAAUAAAGUCCAAGUAAAAAAAGAACCUGCCGAUGUAGACAAGGACAAGAAAUCUGACAAUAAAACUUCUGUCAAGAGAGAAAUUACUGAAAUUGACAAGGAGAAGAAAUAAAUCACAUUAUCUAUUUAUUAUAAGUAGACGAUACGCACCAACACAAAAAUAAAAGUUUAAUCUUAUUUUACACUCACGUGUGCAUGCACGUGUUGUUAGUGACGCAUUAAAAAAA